AUGAAAGCCCCCAACGUGGCAUGCGACACGACUGGAAAAUCUCUCGCGGAAAUCGUAUCUUUGAUCAAGAACACGGCCUACGUCAGCAUCGGACCAGAUAUCGCCGACAUCCUCGACUCCAAUGUUUCCGAUUUUAGUACCCGCAGUAAAGAUAUAGAAGCAAUUAUCUGGCCUCAUCAUCACUUCGACCGCACCGGUGACCCAUCUGCCUUCCCGGCGUCGACUACUCUAGUCGUCGGACCGGAUGUCAAGGACACAGUAUGGCCUGGAUACCCAGCUAAUCAAAACGGCAUGGUCCUCGACUCAGAUAUUCAGGCCGAGAUGUCAGAGAUAUCUCAUUCAAAAAUGCAGCAGAAACAGCCCAGUUUGGCCCUUUCGAUGCCCACGUCUAUUUCGAUAACGGCUCGUUCUACCUCCUCGAUGCGUUGGUCCAUUCCAUCGGGCAUCUCUGCGGACUUUCUAGGGUCACGACUGAUCCAAGCACCUUCGUGUUUAUAG